CACGCAUACGCUUUUCUUUUUCUUUUCCAUAUUUUAUUGUUCAAAAGUAAAGAAAGAACAGAAAAUAGCAGUACAUCACCACCACCACCACCACCACCACCACCACUACCACUACCACCACUACCAACGACAACAGCAGGAGAAAUUAGUAUUCGAGUCAACAAAUAACAACAUAUAGUAUUGACUUCAAGCCACGCAUUUUAUUCUUCGACCUUUCUCUCUCUAUCUUCCAUUCUUUAUAUCUAUAUAUCUUUCUUUUCCAUUAUAUAUACCAAACAUGGCGGACACUGAUGAAUUCAGUAAUGUACAAUGGAAUGUACAGGGCACAGAAGAUAUGAAUCGUAAUCACAGCUACUACAACUCCCAAUCCUCUCUCGAAGAACAACACCAACAACAACACGAACAGCACGAACAGCAAAGCUCACUGAUUCUUGAUAAUCCUUUGAGUGACCAUUUGCAAGGCUCAUUAGGAUCUCAUGAUUCGGAUGGAUUCAAUACCUUUCAUCACUCGAACGAGAUCGACAUUGCUAUCCUUGAGCCUUCAUCGGUCAAUGUCGAUAUUGAUAUAUCCGACGACCCGCUAUUGGAUCCUCAGACGUCUCAACUACAUUCUAUCCAAAUACCGGUACAAACCUUACCAGAUUAUUAUUCGCAUAAUAAUGAUCAGCAGCAACCACAGCCACAACCACAACCACGACAACAAAAUACAGGCGAAACUGUGUCCCAAUCAAAUAAUGCAAAAGACACGUAUUCUCGUAAACAUAUCUUUGUCAGCGAUCCACGAAAAGAGACUGAUCUGCAGCAAGGAACAUUUGUGUCUUAUGGAAUAACCUCUGAUAAACCGCUGGUACGAAGAAGAUUCCAAGACUUUGUGUGGUUAAGAAAGGUUCUCUACGCAGACUAUCCUGCUUGUUUUGUACCACCUCUGCCAGAUAAACAUCGAAUGGAAUAUGUCAAAGGAGAUAGAUUCGGAACAGAAUUCAUCGAGAAACGGCGAAUGAGUCUUCAACGAUUCCUACAGAGAAUAUCCUGGCAUCCUGUACUUGGCCGAUCCAACUUUUUUGUGAUGUUUUUGGAAUCGAGCGAUUUUAAUGAUGCCUCUGCUCGUGCUCUCCGGGAAAGUCAAGAAACAAUGAUUGACACACUAGGAGACUCUUUGUUAAACGCAUUCUCAAAACUCAGAAAGCCAGACGAGAGAUUUGUUGAAAUGAAAGAGCGGAUUGAGAGGACUGAAGAAAACCUCGAAUUGCUUGAAAAGACCUUGAUGAGAUCCAACAAAAGAACAGACGAUCUCUGCAAUGAUUACGAAGAGUUUUCUGCAAGUAUUCGUGGACUGGCUGAGCUCGAGGCAAACAUGAACGAGACCCUUUUACAUUUUGCUUCUGGUGUUAGUCAAUAUGCAAAGAACAUCAGGAUAAUGGCGUCAAAAGAUACAGACUGGCUUGGUGAAAUCCAUGAUUAUAUGGCCUAUUAUAGUGUCCUCAAGGAUGUACUCAAACUACGGGAUCAAAAGCAGCUUGAUGUUGAAGAACUUACAGAUUACUACCAGACUACCAUUAAAGAAAAAGAAAAAAUGAUGAGGGGUCGACCUGGAGAAGGAUCUUAUAAUUUUGCUGGAUAUUUUACAGGAAAGAUCAAUGAAGUCAGAGGAGCUGAUACUGACAAGAUUAAGCGAGAGAAGAUCUUACGCUUAGACGAGCGUCUUCGAGAGCUCAAAAAUGCUAAGGAUCAGUCUGAUAUUGUAUCUAGUGCAUUUUCUGACCAAGUCAAAAAAGAAGAUCACUUUUUCACACAAAGCAAGUCUGUCGAAAUGAACGAAGCAUUAAAAAUAUAUACUGAUGGCAAGGUUGAAUUCUACGACCAGGGAAUUCAAAUCUGGCGCGAUGUUGUUCAGGCCUUGGAAAAGGUGGAUCCAGAUGAAUCAUAAUCUCGAAAAUUCUCAAGAUAUCUUAAGCUCCAUUUAAGCAAUCCUAUCUUCCACACUACCCAAGUUUUCAAUCUCUCUCUCUCUCUUUACCUCCCUUGGAUAUAUAAAUAUGUAAACGAUUAUUUUCUUUCAUAUAUUUUCUUUUACAGUCUACGCAAUCUAUGAAAUCUGUUUUAAUUGGGCCAGUUCAUAGGCAAUUUUUCCUCCUACAAUGGCAUUAUUCUUUACUAAAGCAAUGUCUUUUUUUUUUAAAAAAAAAGGAGUUAAUAAAGAAAGGUCUCAUUUACAUUAUAAAUG